AUGGAUCCCAACGAGAACAACCAGGCGCCGGACGCGCCCGAUUCCAAGAAGAUGAACGAUGUAGGAGAGCUCCCCGAUACCUUUUCCCUGAUCCGACUUCGACGGCUGGCCAAGCUCGGCUCGUCGACGAGAUCCCCGAAGCCUGAAGACAGCUCGCCAAACCCAGAGACCGACGCCGAGACCUCGAAUGCAGCAACGACGAGCGAAGCCAAAGGCAAGUCCCCAGCAGACCUGACGCCUUCCUCUACUCCGAAGCCCGCCGCCGCGAACCCUUUCACCCAGCUCGGCGUUAGAUCCGCAGGCGCUGCGUCGCCGACGACAGAAGGCGGUGCUCAGAAGCGAGGCUCCUCUAAGAUCGACGACCGCGCCCCAGCGCCUGCGCCCGCGAAGAAGGCCAACACGGAAGAAUCUGUUGAAGACUUCUCGGACAGGAUACUCAGCCACGUCUUCCGCAUCACUGUCGACCCAGACCGCGUCACCGACAUCAACGGCCCCAGGCUGAACUUUCUGUCCGAGACAGGUCAGGAGCUCAAGGAGAAUGGAUCGCCACUGAAGCUCACUGCUGCCGUUCUCGACAGCGCCCUGCUGGAGGCCGUUACCGCUGUCCCCGCCGAAAAGCCGAUACUGGGUUACCUCCUUCCCUGCUUCAAGCGGAUUAUCCGGUCCAACAUCGUCAAGGAGACGCCCGAAAAGAGAGAGAUCUUGGAGGAAGCAAAGAGGCUGUGUGUUAGCAACUGUUUGUUCGCCCUCACGAUACCCGAUCUCUUUGGACGGUCGCAGCCCGAGAGCCUGGUCCCAUACCUGCUGCGGGGACAUGAGCAGGAUGACGGUGUCUGCUUGGACUUCCUCCGGGAAGCCGUCAAGCGGUUCCCGGAGGACGAACAGUUCCCGGCCGUAUUCGCCGAUGCCAUGCAUUCCAUCAGUACUAAGCUGUCUGGGUUGACUAUGGAGAGCGACUACAAACCGUACAUCAACGCAUUGAUGUCGUAUACCAAGUUCCCACCUCUGCUGAAUGCCCUUUCACAGCACCCCAACUUCAUGACGGCGCAGAAGUCUGGCGCGUUUGUCGAAAGGGAGACCAUAUUGGGACCCUUCUUCCGGUUGUCGCCUCUGCAGUCCGAAGUGACGCUGACCUACUUUCCCAACCCGCGAGGGUUGGACCGAAGCCGGGCCGCGCCCUCGCAAGACGCCCUGCGAGCCAUUCUACGGGUUCAUCAGGACGAACUCUUUACCAUCGCCAAUGCUUUUAUCCGGGCGGAUACGGAGACCCGGACACGGGUCCUGGACUGGUUCGCCUCGGCAAUCAACACCAAUCACAAGCGCAGGGCUAUUCAGGUCGAUCCCAAGGAGGUAUCCUCGGACGGCUUCAUGAUGAACUUGACUGUCAUCCUGGACCGCUUCUGCUCGCCUUUCAUGGACACCACAUUUUCAAAGGUUGACAGAAUCGAGGUGGAAUAUUUCCGGCGCAACCCCCGCGUGGAUAUCAAAGAAGAAACCAAGCUCAACGCGGACCAGUCAGCAUCUGAUGCAUUCUACGCCAAGAAGACUGAAGGCAACUCCAACUUCAUCACCGAAGUCUUCUUCUUAACCCUUGCCGCGCAUCACUACGGAAGUGAGGCGACAAACUCGAAGCUCAAGAGCUUGGAGCGUGACAUCAAGUGGUACGAGAAGCAUCUUACGGCCAUGGAGGCCGAACGGCCAAAGGUGCAGAAUCUUGCUAUGUUUGAGUUGACGCUCAAACGGCACACGGCUGUCCUGGAGAAGGCCAUCGCGAUGAAAUACGCCAUAGAAGGCGUGUUUUUGGACGAAAAGAUGCAGGAGCUGUCGCUUCGGUUCAUGCGAUACGUGGCCGUCUGGUUGCUUCGUCUGGCCAGUCAAACCAACUAUACACCGGACAAGGACCUUCAACUUCCCCUGCCUGCCCAGGCGCCCGAGGCUUUUGCGUGUCUCCCCGAAUACGCGCUCCAGGACGUGGUGGACAACUUCAAGUUUGUGUAUCGGUACGUCGACCUCCGGUAUCUUAUGAGCGCCGUGGUUUCAAGCUCGCGUUCAAGCGUCGUAUCAAGCAUCGCUAACUAG